GUGCUUCUGAUGGGGUUCAACUGGGCGCUGUUCUUCUGCCAGGAGAUGGUCCGCGCUGCCGCGGAGGACGCAGGCUUUGCUGACAGUCGGAUGUUCUUGGAUCGCCACUCAGUUCCUGACAUCGCCACCGAGCCGGGCGCCGCCGUGUACGUCGAUGGCGUGGCCGUGGUGGGGGCGGACCUGGAGGCGGUCGAGGCCGGCGGAGCCGUCGUGGCCAAGCAGCUGGAGCAGCGCGGCCUCCAGGUCAAGGGGGUCGAGGGCCCCUCGGACUCCCAGACCUUCACGGGGAUGUUGUUCGAUCGGGCCUCUGGCCGCAUCUCGCUCAGCCGCGAGAGGAUCUGGAGGCUGCGCGCGGUCCUGCUGUUUGCUGCGGGCCAGCGCUACCUGACUGGACGCCAGAUGCGGCGGCUGGUCGGCCACUACACGGGGAGCGCGACUCUGCGGCGGGAGCUCCUCAGCGCCUUCAGCGGCGUCUACGCGUGGGCGGAGAGGGCGGGCGACAAGAGGUGGCGCCUGUGGCCUUCAGCCGAACGAGAGCUUCGACAGGCCGCCGCUCUCGUGGCCUUCACCUUCGUGGACCCGAAGCGCCCGCUCCACGGCGACGCCGGCGGCCACGGCGUGGUCACGCAGGAGUGGCCCACGGAGAAGGUCCGCCGCUGCUGCGGGCAUGCCGAGAAGUGGCGCUACGGGGUGCAGGGGCUCGUCGCGGCCCGAGCGGCCGCGCUGGGCAGCCCAGCGGACUCCUGCCCGCCCCGCCCUGCGGCGGAGAGCGGCGAGAGGACCGCGGACUUCGAGAGCAUGACGCGGGGCGACAUCGGUGCCUUCGAGAACUGGAAGUUGGUCGUGGUGAGAUGGGUCGCCUCAGAGUUGAACCCUUCCGACCGCGCUUCCCGACUCCUGGGCUCAGCCGUCUCGCUGGGCGGGGGCGGGCCCUGCGCGGCGGGGGGCGAUGUUGCGCCGUCCGAGGCCGUGCUCGCCAGCCGCUUCGACGCCGAGCUGGGGAGCGCGGCGCGCAGCCUUGGGCCCGCCAGCGGCGGGGCCGUCUGCGGCCGCCCCCUCGCCGGCCUUGGCGACCAGCUCGCUGCUGAGGAGGCCGGGCGCGGCCCUGUCGCCGCGGGCGCCGGCGAGCUCAGCGACAGCUCCUCCAGCUCGGGGGAGAGCUGGCCAGCCGGCGUCGGCGGCAGCGGCGGCCAGGAGCCGCCGCUCACGGGGCGGGCCGACUGCGGCGCGACCGCCCGGCGCCACGGCUUCACCAGUCUCCAGAUGGCCAAGAUCGGUCCUCGCUCCCGCGCCCAGUACCAGAAGUUUCACCAGGCGUUCCUGGAUUGGAGCAGCCGGGAGGGGCAGCCGCUGGACACCGACCUCCAGAUCGACCAAGCCCUCAGCAGGUACAUGGACUACUUGUACUACGAGGGCUUCAACGCGGACGCGGGCGAGAAGGUGCUGGCGGCCGUGGUUUUCCAUGGCCCGGUGGAGGGCAUGGAGCUCCCAGGAGCUCGCCGGGCGCUGGCGGGGUUCCGGCGCCGGGCGAGCGCGAGGGAGGCGCGCCUGCGGCCGCCGUCCGACCUCGUGAGCAUGGUGGGCGCCUCGCUGGUCAAGCCAGCCGCCCGGAGCCCCCGGGCGCGCUGGGGGCUGCUCCUGUUUCCUCAAGAGGGGGAGGCGCGCAGCAAGAUGGGGCACUACGACGAGGGGAUCAUGCUGGACGGCCAGUUCGGAUCCACGCUAGCGCCUUUCCUUCGCCGCCUGAUGUCCCAGACCCCCGACGCCAGCCCGCUGUGGUCUUCCUCGAGCGCCACCUUCCGGCGCUUGUUCAACGAGUAUGCCGCGAAGGUCAGCCUCGGCGGCAAGAACCCGCACCAGGUCCGGCACGGCGGGGCUUCGCUGGACGCCCUGGAGAGCCGGCGCAGCCUGAAGGAGAUCCAAGAGCGCCUCCGACACCUGCGCGAGUCCAGCACCCGUCGGUACAAGAAGGGGACCAGGUACCUGGCCGAGGUCAACAACCUCGACGGCCGGGCCCGAGCCUACGGCGAGCUGGUCCUCAGGCAGCUCAACGGG